AUGUACCAAAACCAGCGCGAAAUCGGGAAAGCACUCCGCGAUAUCCGUAUUGAUCGCGAGGAAAUCUUUCUGACCACCAAAAUUUGGCACCCUCAUCUCAGAUAUGCCGAUGUUUUUACCCAAUUUGAGGAAUGUCUGAGCGAUUUGCAGAUGGAUUACGUCGACCUGUUAUUGAUUCACCAUCCCAGCGAUUCUGUUCCGGUUGCCGAGACCUUUGAGGCUUUCCACAAACUUCAUGAAGCCGGUAGCGUCAAAAGCAUCGGCAUCAGCAAUUUUAGCAUCGCUCAGGUCGAGGAGUCGUGUGAAGUCUCCGAACUCCCGAUUUGCACGAAUCAGGUGGAAUACCAUGUGCGUCAGAAACCGAUCAGAAUUGCGAGACUACUGCCACGGGCGCGAUAUUGUGAUGACGGCACACCGUCCGCUUGCUGUUGGAAACCUUGCCGGUGA